CGAAUGGACUAGCAAGGUAAAAGGAAGCAAGCAGGUUUGAAACAUGCUAGCCUGGUUAGCUACAGCGGAAGAACUGAGCCAACCGAAAGAGGACCACGUGAAUAAGGUCGGUUUGCAAGCCUCUUAUAAAACAAAUCAUUGUUCAUUGUUUAACGCCCGUUCUAUACCAGCGACCUUUAUCGAUCGGCCUUCGGAUAUUGAACGACUUAUAGCCAAAAAAAAAUGGUGGAAAUCGAGUUUCACGCAUCCGGUUCCAGGCUCUGGUCUUUAAACAACGGGGUAAUUCAAGUCAGUUGAAUUAAUUCCAUCUUAAGUCUCUUGAACAAAGUAAGAGAUGCUACGAUUUAUGUCGUUGAUUGUAGUUUUUUACGCUUAAAUCGUAGCAAGUGCUGAUUCGUUCUGGAGAACUGUAACCACAAAAUGCGCUUUUGUCGCUAUAAUUAAAUUUGGCGCGUUUUUUGUCACGUGGCGCGUGGAAGGAUUAAUAUGGGAUAGAUUUUCGUUCGACAGUGUAUGCAAGUGGUGUCCAUGCUUGUGACGAUUUGGUACUAGACUUUUGCCAUCAUUUUCGCGUUCGCGACAGAUCUGUCUCGAAAUUGGAAGAUCGCUGUGUAGAAUCGAAUAUAACGCGUGUUACAAUUUCAUGGCUACAAAGAAAACUUCAAAGACCCAAAGUCCUCGGUCUGGUAAAAAGUCACCAUCAUCAUCACCAGGAGGUGUUUGGCCUCCAUCUAAAUGCCCUUUGUGCCUUGAAUCUGGGUCAUCAGGAUGCUCAAACUCAGGCAAACAUCAUGAGUUGCUUAUGUCUCUGGUUAAGUGUGCAAAUAAUGCUGAAGCUGGAAAAAUGGAAUUCAAAAAAACCCUGGAUAAGUUCACCAAAACAAAGUGGCUUCGCGGGGAUUGUGUUCCUGACAAAAAUGUUGAAAUGCAAUUUCCACUGAUACACUGGGCUUGUAUCCUUGCAAAGUACAAGGCCUUGGAAUAUCUUGUCAGCGAGAAAGGCUUUGAGCUUACAGUGAAAACAGGAAAGAGCCAAGAGGGACCUUUGUUUUCGAUGGCCCAAUGUUUCUCAUUUGGUGUGAACCCCAAGUGGUCCACCGAGUACAUUGAAGGUAUGCUUGGGCACAUCUUAGAUGUCUUCUUGAAGUAUAUGCCUGAAGCCUUGUGUGAAAAAGAAACCAACAAUGAUGAUUCAAUUUUGCAUUGCUGUGCCAAGCAAUGCAGCUCUGAUUCAUGUUCCAGGGCUCUCUUGAAGACUUUGUUGUUAAAGAUCAAGGAGAGUGAUAAAUUUUCAGCCGAGAAAGAAGAAAAUUUGUUAUCAUCAGUGAACAAGAAAGGUGAUACAUUCCUUCAUCUUAUGGUGGCAGAUGAGAAGUCAACUGAUACUUUGAAUUACCUCUUUGGAAACUUUGCGUCAGCCAGUGAGAAACUGUCCAAAACCAAAAACAAUCAGGGCAAGACCCCACGUCAGAUUGCUGUUGAAAAAAGAUCUUUUGAAAUGCUUAAGGGUCUUGGAGCACCAGAUAUAGUUAUAAACAGUUUGAAAAAAGCUGUAAGUAGUGGGAACCCCCCUAAGAUUUCUUAUACCGCUAAGAAGUCCUCCCAGCAAAAGGAAAAAGGAUCUGCAAAAAGUACAGCUGAAAAAUCUUCCCAGGUAAAUGGUGUGUCAUCUGAUAAAGACACAAAUCAAAGUUGUAAGACAUCCAGUGAGGAGCAGACACCUGUUCAAGCGACAAAAAGCACGUCUCCAGGAGGUCAACAGGAAGCGAGAGUGACUAAUGCUGAUGAGCUACAAACAGAAGGCCUCAAAAUGUGUUCAUGUGAUCCUCCUGCCGCUGAGGUGACAGAACAACCAGCUGAUUGUGGCAUGCCAACCAAAAGAACAAUAGAGCCUUUUCCAAAGUGUUAUCCUGCAAAAGAUGUAACUGCCACAAUGGCAGAAAAACCCAGUGCUACAACUGAGGCUGCAACUGAGAACAAUGUGAAUACUUCAUCAGCUUCAGCUGCAGAGGAAGAAAAGAUGGAUGUAGACAACAUUAACAGCACUCCAGAUUUGCCUGAUGACAAAGAAGCUAUACCCUCAGACUGUAAUGUUUUCCUUAGUCUUUCAAACACUGUAAGCAGCUUCUCCAAAGGGGAGCCUUUGAAGAGCAGUCAAAAGAGACCAGCUCCGGGUGCUGGAAAGGCCAGAGGUCCAAACAGGAAGAGAGUUCGUAUCACUGACUUGUCAUCAGAUUCUGAGAGUGAUGCUGAGGAGGAUGCAGGCUUUGUGCUUGAUGAUGACUCUGAUGAUGACAUAGAGUCUGCAGAGGAAGAGGAAGGCGAUGAUGAAGAAGAAGAGGAAGAGCUGGAAGAUGAGGAAAAGAAAGAGAACACUGAUGUUGGUGACGAUCAGCAGAAGGAGAAGGAGAAGGAGAAGGAAGCAAGAGAUGUCCGACUUGAUGAAACUGAGAUGGAGAUGGAAGCAGCACCUAAGCACACGCCGUUUUGCGGCAGUAAUUGCACAUUUCAACACCACAAGCUCCUGCUAAGCCUCCUCAAGUGUUCCAAUUACAAUUAUGGCGCAGCUACAGCUUAUCUAGACUCCUUCAUGAAACAAGUUAAUGAAUACGUGAAUCAACUGGGAAAGUUCUCUUGUGUACGCGCUAAUGCCGACAUCCCUGACCCGGUCGCUUCCUUUAAGUAUCCCUUGGUCCACUGGGCCUGCGUCCUCGGCAAAUUCAAAGUGCUGGAGAGGUUGGCAGCCAUGAAGGAAUUCAAUCUAGGCGUGCAGUCUGAACGCACUGGCGAGACCGGGCUGCACCGAAUGCUGCUGUCCCUUGACCGGGCCAUGGUACGGAAGAAAAGCCCCAGCAAGACCAUUUUAGAGGUCUUUUCAAAGACACUGAGAACGCUAACAGAAAACCUUCCAAGACUUAUCACGAUUUGUAACAAGGAGGGUGACACGCCCUUUCACUGUUUGGCAAAAGUGAUCCUCGAUUGUACGGGCGAGUUGGAGAGAAUGAACACGUAUGAAGGUUAUUUUGAACGUUUGGUCAAAGAGUUGACCCGUCUGAGAUCAACCGGAAAACUCACGCCGGAUGUUGUACGAGAACUUCUUUUGAAGACCAACAACAGCCAGGAGACGUUUCUGCACAUCUUGGCCUGCAGACACGGGGUGGGGCAUCGCGUUAUAAAGAGCGUCCUGAAAAACAUCGACCCGGAAAUCAUGGAAGUCCUUAAGGAAACUGUUGACGCCCAAGGCAAAACCCCGUCUGAUCUCGCCGAGGAUUUGAGCUCGUACGAAAUGGCGGGAAUUCUUCGGCCACGGGACCAAGAUUGGAACAACGUAGGUGGUAAUGAUGACCCUGUGGAGGAGUUCCCUGAGGAAGAGCUCCCUCAGGGGGAGCUCCCUGAGGAGGGGCUCCUUGAGGAGGAGCUCCCUGAGGAGAAGCUCCCUGAGGAGGAGCUCUCUGAGGACGAGCGCCCUUUGAAGGACCUACUGCAGACCCCUGAAAAAGAUGCCCCACCAGACUCUUCGCCCAUACAUUCACCACCAGCUACCCUUUUUCACCCUAUGGAGUAUGCAAUGAGUCCCGUCAUUCCAGAUGGCGCUGCUGCUCGUGUCAGGCUGUUUACAGUCAAGAAGGAACCUGGAGAAGUAGGUCAUUUAACGGCGCCUUCUAGAGAAAGCCCAGUCAUAGUGAACGACUUGCCUUGUCCUUCUGACAUUUCGGAUAACACGCCAUUGCCUCCGGUCGUGAAGACGUCGCCCGGAAAAGCAAGCUCUACGUCACUUCCGCCAGCUGAUGACGGCAUGGUCGUUGCGGCUUCCUGGUCAGCCAAUGGUAACUCUGGAAAUAACACUGAGUCUGCGACAACCAAUCACAUUAAGGUUACCAAUGUAGCACACCCUACAGCAAAUCAGAGCAAGAACAACAACGAAGAGUCUUCCAUUAUCUCCGGUAUUAGGACCAUGCCUCGAUCUGAGAAGAAGAACUUCUUGAACUCCUUGCACGCCAAGUUUCAACAGGAGUUGGUCCAAGCUCGGAGGGGUCUGGAGGAGAAAGAGGAGGCCCUCGCGCAAGUGCGUCAGCGGAUUACCAACACGGAGGAACGGAGACAGAAGCUGCUGCAAGAACUCCAAGAAACCUGGAACGAGAUGACUGAGGCCACGCGAGACGAAGGUAUGCUACAGGCGGAAAUUACGGCGAAGAAAAGGGAUUGCGAAAGAUUCGAAGCGGAGCUGACCAAGUAUGAGGCUUCGCUGAAAGCGAUAGUUGAGUAACUUGUAGACAAACCUUAACUUCGAUAUUUCAAAUACAGUGAAAACCCACGUGUAAGAACCUAAUGGCGGUUUAGGAACCUGCUGGCAGAAAUUUGCAAUUUUAAUACCCAAAGGUAUAAGAACCUGUUUAGCA